GUUCCCCGGGGCCUAGGCCCGCGCGCAACGCCCCCCAGGCUUCCAGUGGGGCCUAGAGGACAACGUUUACUAGAGACGCCCGCUGUAUCUGGGAUGGGAGCGGAGAGAGCUGAGAGACCGCCCCCCGGCCCCCUCAGUAGCCGCUAAAGCCUGGUCUCGGGUUUGAGGAUGCGGCCGCGUCACAGAAUUUGCCCAGCAGUGAAAGUGGGAGUUCUUCUGCCUGUCACUCUCCGUCAAGCCCUUGAAAAGAAGAGAUUGGACCUGGAAAAGAAACUUUAUGAAUAUCACCAGUCUGAUACAUACAGAGUUAAGCUGAAAUAUGUGAAACUAAAGAAUUAUCUGAAGGAAAUAUGUGAAUCUGAAAAGAAGGCUCAUACUCGAAAUCAAGAAUAUUUAAAGCGAUUGGAGUAUGUCCAAGCUCAUGUUGGGCACUUCACCACAAAUACAGAGAAGCUUCAAAAACUGAAGAUUGAAUAUGAGACUCAAAUUAAGAAGCUGCUGCUCGAAAAAGAUAGCCGAGGACUAAAAGGUGAACUGAAAGAUGAAGACGGAGAAAAGGUUGCAGUGCAGGAGGGAAUUAACUCAGGAAUAGCCAUGUCGAGAGGAUUGUAUCAACCAGCAGCAAUCUUUAUGGGCCGCCAAAUGUCAGCCAUCUCAAGCAUGGGAGAUUUCAGUACAGAGCACAAAUCUCCCCAACCCACAAAGAACUUUUCAAUUCCUGACCUACAUUCACACCGACAGACAGCCCAGAGCAGUAAUGUGACAGACAGCUGUGUCGUACAAACUAGUAGUGACAUACAGUGCUUAAAUAAGUCUGACAACAUAGAUGGAAAGGCGUCUCUUCAGACUGGUGAGAAAACGCCAGUCACAGCCAGUGAAUUGUCUGAGGAGGAACAAACUCAUUGCUUGGAGAUAGGAAGUAACACACGUCAUGGCAAGAGUAAUUUAUCUGAAGGCAAAAAGUCUGCUGAACUCAAUUCCCCAUUACAGGAAAGAUUAAGUCCAGAGAACAGAACCACUGAUUUAAAGUGUGACAGCUCCAGCAGAUCAGGGGGAUCAGAGGGAAAAAUACUGACACGGGAACAUAUUGAAGUUGAGGAAAAAAGAGCCAGCCCACCAGUCUCUCCGAUAUCAGUUUCAGAAUACCAUGGAUCUGAAAAUAAGUGGUCUCGAGAGAAGCAUUCUGCUUGGGAAGGUGUUUCAGAUCAUCUUGCUCAUGGGGACCCAGAGUCACAAAAGCCCUUCAGAAAAAUGCAGGAAGAGAAGGAGGAGGAAAGUUGGAGCACCAGCAGUGACCUCACUGUUUCUAUAAGUGAAGAUGAUCUGAUUUUAAAGAGCCCAGAACCACAGCCAAAUCCAGAUGGCAAAGUGGAGGGAGAAGAUGGAAUAGAGGCCUUAAAAUUAAUCCGCUCUGAGCAAGAAAGAGAUGCCCUAUCUACUGAAAAAAAUAAUUGUACUUUGCAAACCCUAAGCUCUCCUGAUUCAGAAAAAGAAUCCUCCACUAACGCACCAAUAAGAGAGUUCUGUUAUCACAGUGACAUUCUGAAAGAAGACUUUGAAGCUCACAGAGCAGCUGUCCUUACUAGCUCCCAGGACUCCUACCUGGGGGUGAAAAGACCUGGGCAAGCACCAGACUCAAGCAGACCGAGGGCACAGGUGGGUCAGCAUGUUGCCACCUUGAAAGAACAUGAUAAUUCUCUCAAAGAAGAGGCAACAGCAUUAUUGAGAAAAGCCCUUACAGAAGAGUGUGGCCACAGGUCAACUAUUCACAGUAGUGAAUCAUCUUGCAGCUUGUCAUCUAUUCUGAAUGGCAAUAGUGAAAUAAAGGAACCCAAACCUGCUGUAUGGCUCAACAGUGGUCCUACAGGGGAACAAGAAGUUUCAAGUGGCUGUGGAGACAAGAGCAAGAAAGAAAAUGUGGCCACAGAUAUCCCAAUCACAGAAACAGAAGCCUACCAGUUGCUGAAGAAGGCUACCCUUCAGGAUAAUACAAAUCAAACUGAAAACAGGUUUCAAAAGGCAGAUGCUCCUGUGUCACGCUUGUCAGGUUUGAAUAUUGGCAGCGGUGCAUUCGAGACAAAGACAACUAACAAAAUUGCUUCGGAAGCUAGUUUUUCAUCUAGCGAAGGAAGUCCUUUGUCAAGGCAUGAAAACAAAAAGAAACUGAUGAUCAAUUUAAUAUCUAAUGCCCUCUGGGAUGAGUCUGACGACAGUAACUCAGAAAUUGAGGCUGCUUUACGCCCUAGAAACUAUAACACCGACGAUUCUGAUGAUUUUUAUGACUAAUAUGCUGUAACAUCUGUUGGAAAUGAAGUCUUUAAACAAACU